AUGGCGAGCACCGGGGGCACGCCGUUCCUGCUGUCGCCCGCGACGGGGCACGCCGCCACGCCGUCCUCUGCGAUCUUCAACGUCGAGGCCGUGGGCGCGGGCCUCGGCACCGGCGCGCACCACGGGGCCGCCAAGUCAACGCCCGCUCCCGACGCCGGCGCCGCCUUCGUGCUCGAGUCCAAAGGGACGUGGUGGCACGCGGGGUUCCACCUCACGACGGCCAUCGUGGGGCCGACGGUGCUCACGCUGCCAUACGCGCUCCGGGGCAUGGGCUGGGGGCUCGGCCUCGCCGCGCUCACCGCCGUCUUCGCCGUCACCUUCUACGCCUACUACCUCGUGUCCAGGGUGCUCCACUACUGCGAGGCCGCCGGCCGCCGCCACAUCCGCUUCCGCGAGCUCGCCGCCGCCGUCCUCGGUACGCACGCACGCACGCAGCCGCCGUUAGAGAUGACUAUUAGUUACUGA